GUAAGAAUUGAAGAGAUGAAAAUUUUCACCAACGAAUCAAUUUAAUUGUGAAUUGUAACAACGAACAAUCAACGAAUCCAUUGGUAAACAAUCAACGACCCAACGAAAUUAAUAAUAACCAACGAAAUCAAAGUAACAACGAAACUGAAUCAACGAUUGACUUUUGUACGUUUGAACCUAAUUUACUUCACGAUUUACACCAACAAUCAACUCUAAUUGUUGAAAGUAACUAAAUUGUUUUAUCCUCUAUCAUAAUCACCAAACGCUAAUCACGUUUGUUUUUAACCAACAUCCAAACAAUUAACUAAUUGUUAAACAAUUUACUCUUGUGUUUUAACAAUGAUGAUGAACAAAUUGUUUGUUUCAAUUAAUUUCUUGAUUUGAUUAUCAUCUUUAUGUCUAAUCAUUUGAUUUAAUCAUUUCAAAUAUUUGAUUGUUUCACAUCUUCUUUAAUUAUUAUAAUUAACUUUAAAUUUGUGUUUUUGUCUUAAAUUAAUCAACUAAUCAACUGAUUGUUAAACUUAAUUGAAACAAGAAAAAAACAAACAACAAAUUUAAAGGAUGAUGAUUAACGGAAGAGGAAGAGGUAAAUUAACAACAAUUAACAAUCAAGUAAAAAGUUUGUUAAAUAACAACAACAACAAUUAAAAAGGUAACAAUUUAUUGAUUAUGUUGAUGAUGAUGGUGAUGAAUGGAUUUUAUGGUUAAUUAAUCACAAUCGUAAUUAAAUCAAUCAAAAUGGUUCAACAAAAAGAUCAACGGAAAAAAGUUUACAAUACAUUUCGAUUUGAUCCUUAUCCUAAUCAACGAGUUGGAUUAAAAAAUGAGACCAGCAAAAGGAAGUCAAAUGUAACCACCAAUGGUAAUUGUCCAUCUAAUGGUCAUCGUCUAGUGUCUUCCACCAUUGGUAAAGGGAUUAAUAGAAAAAGAUUAUCCUGUGAUAAUCUAAGUGAAAUCAAUCGAGUUAAUAGUUUAUCAGUAAACAAUUUAAAUUCACUCAAUCAGAUAAACUCAAUAUCGACGAUUACAUUGUCAACAACCAAUGAGAUUACCAAUAAACGAGGAUUAUCAUCAUUAGAACCAUGUUGCUUGUGUUGUAUUCCUCGAACCAAAUUAACCAAAAACAAUUCAACAACAAAUUUACGACAUCAAAGGAGUAGCACCAAUAAUCGUUGUAAUAGUAAUCAGAAACUUGAUGAUUCUCGGAAGAAUUUAAAUUCAUUGAAAGAUCAAGAUGAUGAAUCAAGUCAAUUGGAACGCUAUGUGCCCAGUCAAGAGCUGUAUAAACGAGUGGUCAAGGAACAUCUUCAGCUUCAAAGCUCAUUCAAAAUUCUGUGUCAACGAUUGGAAGAGGAAAAGGAAAGGUCAGUUACCGAAACAAAGGAGAAACAAUCACUUAAGGAACAGAUUAACAAUCUCAUGCGAAAGGUUGAUUUACUGGCAAUGGAGUUACAGGAAGCUCGUGAUCAGAAUGAAUUAAUGGAAUUCAGAAUUCUUGAAUCUGAACAAUCAAAAGCAACCUUUUCGGAAACAACUAAUCUAAUUAAAUGUGACAAAGCGAUACAAUUAGAACCUUCAACGGAAGCGGAAAAAAGAUCUAAUUUGAUAUUACCCUCGAUUGGUAAUUCUGUUAAGAUGAAAACAAUUUCUCCCAAUGGAAAUGCUCCCAAUGAAUUGUUUCUUUAUGGUUUACCUGGUAAAAGAUCAGCUGUUUCUCUUGAUGGGUUACCAGGUAAAUCUAAUAAAAGUUGCUCUAGUUUGGAGUCAUAUGGAUUGACCCUUUCACUGACCAGUGAAGAUGAGGGUUUAGGUGAUGAUGGACGUCGAGAUCAAUUUUCUGGACCUUCAAGUUUAUCGGACAUUCAAAUGUCCGAUGAAGAAAGUAACGCUUCCUCUGGGUCAUCAUCAUCGUCAUCGUCAAGUAAAUUUACUGAUGCGGCCAUUCAAACAUCAGAAUCAUCGUUGACCAUCAUCACUGGUCCAUGUCAGCAUUGUAAGGAAUCAACUAAUCUUGAAGAUAAAGUUAAUCUAUUAAUUGAAGAGAGAGAUAAUCUCCAGGAACAAGUACUUGAAUUAGAGGAAGCUGAGAAUGACGCCCGAUUAGUUAGCCAACGGCUUCAACGGCAAGUUGAAAAUCUGGUUAAUCAGGUUGACUGUUUACAGAUCAGUCUGGUCAAAGCUAAUCAACAAAUUGACCAAUGUAAUGAAACCAUACAUACACUAAGGGAAUGUGAACUUAAACUAAAGGUUGACUUUAUGAUGGCCUUAAUUGCUAAAUCGGAAGAUUCACCGAGUAAAUUGUUGGACGAGCUUAAAACUAAAUUAAAGGAAAAGAAAAAUGAAUUAGCCUCAAUGGGACCAAUGGUCUUUUCCUCAUUGAAUACAUUUGAUGACCGAUCAAUUGAUCUAUCAUCAACCUCGACAACAAUCAAUGGAUCAACAAAUCGCCAUAAUUUUAAACAAGCAAUUUACCAACAACAACAACAGCAACAACAACAAAGUUCACAUGGUAAUUCAUUCAAUCAUCAAUCUUAUUUACCGUUAUCAUCGUUCACCGGGUGUGGGCCAGAUGAUUGCGAGAUAUUUGUACCUGAGGACAGUUUACCACCGAACCCUGGUUCCUCUUUCCAUGUUCAAAUGUUGACCUCCAACCGAUACAACCCUUGCCGUCCCUCGCAAUCAACGACGACAUUUUCAUCGCCCCGAUCACCUUUACCUUUAUGCGAAACCGUUAAGCCUAAAAAAAUUGAUCUACUAUUAUCUCCAUCACCUACUUACUCUUCAUCUUCAUCUCCACCCUUAUCUUCAUCCUCAUCACCUUUAGUAUCACCCGCCUCGUCAUCCUCAUCUUCAUCUUCAUCUUCAUCAACUUACCUUUCAAAUUUACCUUCAUCCUCUAAUCCAUCAGUUAAUCAAUCUAAUUAACAAUUUUGAAACGAUUGAAAUUUGUUAUAACUAACGAAGUUUUUUUUUCUUUUUCUGAUUUUUAAUUAUUCACAUUAAUCAACAAGAAUUAAUUUCUUGAUGAUUAACUGAUUUACUUUGCUAAUCACAACACAAAGUCAAAAAUUUAUCACUAAUUUUUAAUCAUCGAUCUGUUGAGAUCUUAAAGACAAUUUAAUUUGAUGAGAAACAAUUAAUCUAUUGGGACAAUUAAUUUCUAAACAAAAAAGGUUAAUCUACUUUCUAAAUAAUAUUUAAUUGCUAUUCCAAUGAUGACAAGUUUUAAUUCAAUUGGACAACAAUUAAAUCUAAUCAUUGGAUAGUCAACAUUUCUCACUCUUUACGAAUUAAGUAAAAAGUUAAUCGACAAAUGUUGAGCUAACCGGAUUAACUAAUCACUACAGUUACUUAAUCAACGAUAAUCGUUUACCCUUUUGUUUUCAAGUCUUGAUUAAUUGUUUCAUUGAUUUGUGCUAAUUGUAAAUUAUAUAUUAACCUAAUCUAAUUAUGCUAAUUAACUUAAAUAAAAAGUUUGAUCACUAAUUAAAAUCUUAGAUUUUGAUUAAGUGAAAGAAUUGACAAAAAAAAGUUUCCAUAGACUUAAU